AUGAGUGCUGCAAAUAAAAGACUACGGGGAUUGCAGAUAUCUCGCCCGUUCGUUAUUGGGAAUACGGCUAGGGCUAUAACUCAAUCUGAGCGGGAGAAUGACAAAACUAUACCAGAGAACCACACCCACAGGUGGACGUUCUCAAUACGCUCAGCUAGUAGUGAUAAAGAGGGUGACUACGACGAUGGAGUAGAGGGUACACUCGAUGACAGCCUUCAAACCUGGCUUAAACGCGUCCAAGUUAGGUUGCAUGAUACAUACAAAGAUAACAACAAAACACUGGAUAAACCACCAUUCGUCGUUAGUGAGACUGGUUGGGGAGAGUUCGAAUUGGUUAUCAGAUUGCAUUUCAGUCCAGAAUCGGGUGAAAGACCGCUUACAUUGCACCAUAUGUUGAAAUUACACCCUUGGAAUGUGACGAAGAGCAUUCCACGGGAUGAUGGAUUACCACCAACUGUACACAGCUGGCAAUAUGACGAAAUCGUCUUCAACGAUCCCUAUGAAUCAUUCUAUAACCUUCUCAUAGCAAAUCCACCAGCAGAAUUACCAGAUGAUGGUGUAGUAACGAAGCAAGCACGUGAGGAGGAAUCAAAGAAACUAAACGCAGUCAAGAAGGAAGUCGUACAAUCGACGACUAAACUCCGUAAUGAGCUCAUAAAGAUGGAAAACGAGCUCAAGAAUAUCAAAUGAAUAAUUUGUAUAGUAAGUACAAUAAAAUAAGACCAAGAACUAUCCCAACCGUGUAUUUGUAAC